AAGUUUAUUUUGUGCAGACAAACGAUAGUAGUGGCAUUUGUAUACAUUACUGCAUGCUCAUGUUCGAUUCGAAUUGGCUAUUACAAAGUGAACAGAUCUUAACGUAUCAAUAUUCAAGAAUACAGUAGUAGUACGUAAAUGAAUGAUAUUGUAGUUGUAAAGAUUUAUCAUUCGCAGCCGAACCAAUCCAAUCAGUCGACAGCGGUCCGAGCGAGUAGUAGUCUGUGCGUUGCGAACAAUAUUUUAUUGUGUAAACGUAUAAAUAAACAUGAGAUACAACGAGCUUGGCGAUACUGGGAUGAAAGUCUCUCAUAUAGGACUGGGAGGGGCAGCAUUCAGUAACAUAUAUGGAACAUAUGAUGAAAAAAGGAGUUUCGAGCUUAUAAGGGAGUCGCUGAACCGUGGCGUGAAUUACUUAGAGACUGGGCCUUGGUACGGCCAAGGCAGUUCCGAGAGGACAAUAGGAAAGGCGCUAAAACAUGUGCCGAGAAGUUCUUUUUUCAUCGGAAGUAAAGUGGGACGAUACGAGAAGGAGCCUGAAAAAAUGUUUGACUUUUCAGCAGAGAAGACCGAAGCAGGCAUGGACAAUACGCUUGCUCUUCUUGGUUUGGAUUACGUCGAUCUAAUUCAGGUCAGCGUUCAAAGGCAAUUUAAACGAAUUUCGUCUCGCCACAUCUUGAUCUUCAAUGUCUCAAUUAAACAGGUAUUUCAGAGCAAACGUGUAGGCGUGAUCAACGCUGCGGCUACUGGCAUGGGUCUGCUCUCUAACAAAGGCCCACAGCCAUGGCAUCCGGCCAGUGACGAUGUUAAGGCUAUCUGCAAACGAGCCUCCGAUUACUGCAAAAGUAAGAAUGUUGAAUUAGCCCGCAUCGCGUCCUGGUUCACGUUAAAUCAACCCGGCAUCGACGUCAAUAUCUGCGGUUUCUUCAAUGUCGAACAAAUGGUUGACACACUCGAAAUAUUGGACAGCGGACUCAGCGAACAUGAGAAAAUAGUACUGUCUGAGAUCCAGACGAGGUUUUUUGAUAAAGUUACACUUCAUUGGGACGAUGUGGAACUACCAGCAUACAAAGCCGAACUCGAUAAAGUUAUAAAUAAGUAAAUUAGAAGAAUAUUCUAUAUGAAAUUCUAUAACAUAUAUUUAUAUAACAAUCAAUCUCUCUGUGUUAUGUACGUGUCAAAUAUAUUCUAUUAAAACUAUAAAAUAAUAUUAUCUUCUAUAUAAUUUUAUUGUGAACUGAAUAUUUUCUGCGAUAUAUUAGAUACGUAGGUGUAGAAUAAACAUUUACUCUAUAUAAAUGUUUCUAAAAUAAUGUAAAUCAAUAAACUCCGCACAAUUUUAAAGCACAACUUUGUGAAGACUUCUUGAAUAUCUAAAUGUAUUAUUUUUGUAAAAGUAUUAAAAAAAUUGAAUUAA